UGUGGCCAGAUAUUCUCUCCUUCGUUCGCUCCCUUUCUCGCGUUGCCGCGUGUGCCGUUAUUGCGUCGUUGCCAAGACAAUUGCUGAGUUCUCGCCUUUGUCAGCUGGAGUAAUUGGAAUGUCUGGUUCAAGGAAGGAGUUUGAUGUGAAGCAGAUUUUACGAAUUCGAUGGCGGUGGUUCGGCCACCCGACUUCCCCUCCGCCCCAUAGCCAGGCACUUGGUGACUUCUUCAGCGGCAGGGGGACAGGGUGCACGGCAGAUAGCCCCUCUGUGAGCGGGUGUGCAAGCAAUAACAAUGCAAGCGCCAAUAUCAGCAGCAGUACAUGCAGUAGCAACAACAGAAAGUUUUUGGAGUCGGCAAGCCAUGCCUCGUCCUUAUCGGCCUCGGUAUCGGUUUGUCCCCGAUCGUUUAGCCAACAGGACUGUCGGAGUCCACCGGCGCUACCCUGGGUCCCUACCUCACACCCGCCGGAGGUCCAAGAGCUGACAAGCGAAGGGGGCGCGCCGUCACAGCAGAAAAAUUCGGAAGGACCUGAAGCCGAGGAACUCGGUCAAGAGGGGCAUAACGUCGAUUCCGACACAAGCUCUUGCAGGACCUCGAACAGCAGCCUGACCCUGUCCUCAUGUAACACCAUGGAGCCGUGCGGCCCUGAGGAGGUGUUCCAGGCGCUGAGCCACGCCGAGCACACCUUCCGCAGGAUGGAGAGCUACCUGAGACACAAGCAGCUGUGCGACGUGGUGCUGCUAGCAGGAGAGCGCAGGAUCCCAGCACACAGACUCGUCCUGUCCUCGGUCUCGGACUACUUUGCCGCCAUGUUCACCAGCGACGUGAGAGAGGCCAAGCAGGAGGAAGUGAAGAUGGAGGGGGUGGACCCAGAUGCAUUGUGGGCACUGGUGCAGUACGCUUACACAGGGCGGUUGGAGCUGCGGGAGGACACCAUAGAGAGCCUGCUGUCGGCCUCCUGCCUGCUGCAGCUGUCGGCCGUGGUGCACGCCUGCUGCGGCUUCCUCAUCAAGCAGCUGCACCCGUCCAACUGCCUGGGCAUCCGCUCCUUCGGCGACGCGCAGGGCUGCCUGGACCUGCACCGCGUGGCACACAACUACACCAUGGAGCAUUUCCUGGAAGUCAUUCGGAACCAGGAGUUCCUGCUGCUACCGCCCGGUGAGAUCCAGAAGCUUCUGUCGUCAGACGACAUGAACGUGCCGGACGAGGAGACGGUGCUGGACGCCCUGCUGGGCUGGGUGCAGCACGACAGCCCCGCACGCCAGCAGCACCUGCCCCCCCUGCUGGCACACAUCCGCCUGCCCCUGCUGGCUCCACAGUUCCUGGCGGACAUGGAGUCGAACCUGCUCCUGCGGGAGAGCGUGGAGUGCCAGCGCCUGGUGAUGGAGGCCAUGAAGUACCACCUGCUGCCCGAGCGCCGGCCCCAGCUCCAGAGCCCCCGCACCCGGCCCCGCAAGGCCACCGUGGGGGCGCUGUUCGCCGUGGGGGGCAUGGACGCCACCAAAGGGGCGACGAGCAUCGAGCAGUACUGCCUGCGCAGGGACUCGUGGAAGCAGGUGGCGGUGAUGAGCGGGCGGAGGCUGCAGUUCGGCGUGGCCGUGCUGGAGGACCGGCUGUACGUGGUGGGCGGGCGGGACGGGCUGAAGACCCUCAACACGGUGGAGUGCUACAACCCCCGCAGCAGGAGCUGGAGCGUCAUGCCCUCCAUGUCCACCCACCGACACGGCCUGGGAGUGGCAGUGUUGGAGGGGCCCAUGUACGCGGUGGGUGGGCAUGAUGGCUGGAGCUACCUGAGCACGGUGGAGCGCUGGGACCCUCAGGCGCGGCAGUGGAGCUUCGUGGCGAGCAUGGCGACCCCGCGCAGCACCGUGGGCGUGGCCGUGCUCAACGGCAAGCUGUACGCGGUUGGGGGGCGGGACGGCAGCUCCUGUCUGAAGUCGGUGGAGUGCUUCGACCCGCACACCAACAAGUGGAGCGCCUGCGCCCAGAUGGCCAAGCGCAGGGGCGGGGUGGGCGUGGCCACCUGGAACGGCUUCCUGUACGCCAUCGGGGGCCACGACGCUCCCGCCUCCAGCCUGGCGUCACGCCUGUCGGACUGCGUGGAGAGGUACGACCCCAAAACAGACGCUUGGACGGCCGUGGCCCCCAUGAGCAUCAGCCGGGACGCGGUGGGCGUUUGCCUCCUGGGGGACCGGCUCUACGCCGUGGGGGGGUAUGACGGACAGGUCUACCUCAACACCGUGGAGGCCUACGACCCUCAGACCAACGAGUGGACGCAGGUGGCGCCAUUGUGCCUGGGCAGGGCGGGGGCCUGUGUGGUGGCGGUGAAGCUGUAGCCUCCUGCAGGGCUUCCUGUGCUCCAGACGGAAACUGCCCCCAAGCUUCAACAUGGCGGGUCCUCAGCCCCUCUGUCGAAAGAGAGAGAACGGGGGUGUUGUGUUUUGCAUUCCAGAGACAUUUUCUCCCUGUACGAUUGUGCCCUGCCCACCCCCCCAACCCCCGUCUCCAAUUUCCAACAGAAAAUGGGGGUCUAAAUUUUGGUAGGGGUUUGGUAACAGUCUCCAUUGAUACAGUUGUUAAAAAAAACAAAAAACACAGCCAGCAGUUGGGUUAUCCAAACUGAAAUUGCGGUGGGUUUAAGAGCGCAUUACCCCAGUGGGUUUAAGAGCGCAUUACACUAGUGGGUUUAAGAGCGCAUUACACUAGUGGGUUUAAGAGCGCAUUACACUAGUGGGUUUAAGAGCGCAUUACACCAGUGGGUUUAAGAGCGCAUUACACCAGUGGGUUUAAGAGCGCAUUACACCAGUGGGUUUAAGAGCGCAUUACCCCAGUGGGUUUAAGAGCGCAUUACACUAGUGGGUUUAAGAGCGCUUUACACCAGUGGGUUUAAGAGCGCAUUACACCAGUGGGUUUAAGAGCGCAUUACACCAGUGGGUUUAAGAGCGCAUUACCCCAGUGGGUUUAAGAGCGCAUUACACUAGUGGGUUUAAGAGUGCAUUACCCCAGUGGGUUUAAGAGCGCAUUACCCCAGUGGGUUUAAGAGCGCAUUACACUAGUGGGUUUAAGAGCGCAUUACCCCAGUGGGUUUAAAAGCGCAUUACACCAGUGGGUUUAAGAGCGCAUUACACCAGUGGGUUUAAGAGUGCAUUACCCCAGUGGGUUUAAGAGCGUGUUGCCCCAGUGGGUUUAAGAGCGCAUUACACCAGUGGGUUUAAGAGCAUGUUGCCCCAGUGGUACACCACCCACCCCUCCCCUGGAUGUAUUAACUGUUACAGAGAUACAAACACAAAAAGCACAUACACUACCUUCAGCCAAGAUGGCGCAUUGAAAAUUAUUUCCAGCCAAUCUCUGCAGCUAAUUCGUGAUAUUUUUCUCCCACUGUGUCCAGGGACUAGCUGGGUCAUUUUCAUUUCUGAGAGUUAUGAGUGUUAAUGAUUUUGUGAAAAAAGACCAGUAGAGGUGAGAUGGUCCAUCUGUCCUUGGGUCACUUAGCCUCUGUGUUUAGCACUAAGAUGCACGGGCGACUGCUGUGAUCCGUGUGCAGGACCAAGCUGGACUUAACCACGGGCUACAGGCUGCACACAUCCUGUGGUUGCAUUUUCCUUUGUUUACAGGUGUUUGUUUUAUUGAUGGUGCUGUUUAAAGGUGUGAAAUGACCGUGUCCCUGUUUCUGAAGUGAUGUACAGGGUGCUGUUUGUGCCUGUAAACAAACUUUCAUCCAUGUGAGGCCCCAGCAUGCAUGUGCCAUUGUCAUGCGCCCCCUGCAGUUUCACUACUUCCCAGCUAACACAGAGUGUUCCCACAACGCUACUGGAAUGUUAUGUGAGUGUUAUAUCAUUCCCACUACACGGCAGCAACAUUGUGAGGAUGUUAGCUGGGCUACCAAACGAUACUGUGGGAGACCAUGCAGAGCAGUCGGCCCACUCCAGCAGACCUGGCUGUGUUGGACAAACUGUAUUUGUGAUGGGCCCUGGUCUGCCAUUGGUAGUUGGCAACACUUCUCACCAAUGAGCAGCGUUGUAAGAAUAUGGAGCAAGUGCAAAGAUGAACCAAAAAAUGCUUUUGCAAUUUCUGCUGUUUGUACAGUACAACUCAUUUGUAAGCACCGCAAACCCAAAAUUGAGUGAUUCUAAAAAGUAAGAUGUAUCGUUCCUACUCAAAUGUUGUUGUUUUUUAAAUUACUUCUUAAAAAUAAAAAAUUCUAAUUCAAAUAUUCAAGGAAUGUUUAUUCAAUUUUCCUUGCUUUGUAGCAUAUUAGUUGGAAAUCUGAAUAAUUUUGUUGUGUGAUUUGUGCCCCAGUGCAAAAUGACAAAGUGACACAAGUGAAAGAGAUCGUUGAAAAGUUCCGUUGGCAACAGUAUGCCAGGCCCUGCAUUAAGAAUGGCUUAGCGUGGUAGAAGCAUUAUUUUUAUGUUUCAGUUUGUGUGGACCUCACCGUCAGGUGACCUAUGUUCGGAUACAGUAUUGCAUUGUGGUUUCUGGACUAGAAAUGAUCCUUUCUAAGAUUAUCAUUUCCCUUUAUAGUUCUGUAACUAAUGUACUUUGCUUUUUGAUACUAUGUUGCUAAAACAUGCCUGUAAUUUAUUCGUUCGUUUCUUUACACAACUUUGCUCAUUCCAUUAAUCUGAAAGUACUCUGCCUCUGAUAAUAUAUUGCUUCGUAGAAUAAAUUCAUAAGCGGCUUGACAUUAGAGGGUUUAGGUUCAUGUUGAGCCCACAGUAACAGUUUAAUCUACGCACUGCUGAAGUUCAUUAAGGUGGUGUCUGUAUGUUGACUACUUGAAAAAUCAGUAUUCGCUCAUUUAGCGCUUUUGGUGCCGCUAGGAGCCUAGUUAUAAUGUGUAAAGUCUGCAAAAAAAAAAACUGCAGUGCUCCCGUAAUGGUACUUAGCCGCCUGUGGAAAAUAACAAACGGCGUUUUGGUCCUCAGCACAAUCAAACGGAAGGAAAUAAAGUCCGGCGUUACUUCCCAAAGUGUCAUCGUGAGGCUACUCUUAAUUUUUUCCGUGGACAGGCCGAUAAUUACGAGGGCUCGACCUGAAAUGAACAACCGCGCCGGUUCUAGUGUUCCCACCAGCUGUGCAAUAAAAACGCGUUCACUACCUUUAAUAGAAGGCCCGCUGGUGAAAUGUUUAAGUAUAAUAUGCUUUAUAUAUCGCGUACUUACCUGCAUUGAUUUAGUUUAUCCAAGCUAAUCGUCUUUCCAUCGAUGAUGCGAGCCAGCCUCUAUACCAGCCUGAGAAUUUGAGCUGGAGAAAUGAAAAAAUCUGAAAGCCUCUGGCAGGUUAUUAUUAUCUUUUGCCAGGUUUUUUCUGAAGUAAUCAGAAACUUUAAAAACUUCUGUUCUUUGUACAGAGCACUAUUGGCUAAUUUCAUUGUAAUGAUUUCAGCUUGGUUUCCCUCAUUCAUAUUGGAGGAAGGUAGAAUGGUUGUACAUUACAUUACAGGCAUUUAGCAGACACUCUCAUCCAGAGCAACUUAACCCAGCCUUUUGCAUUUUUACAUUGUAUCCAUUCAUACAGCUGGAUAUAUACAGUACUGAAGCAAUGCAGGUUAAGUACCUUAUACAAGGGCACAACAGCAAUGUUGUGAGUGGGAAUUGGACCUGCAACCUUUAGGUUACAAGCUUCAGGCGUUGCAAUUUUUCAAGAAAUGGUUGAGAACAUACCUGCCCAUGAACAAGUUUGAGUCAGAAGUCCCUUUUGAGUUCUGACUCCUGACUCUCGAAUAGCUUUGGUGUUCAUGCGUGAAGUGAAUCGACUGUCAAAUCUCUGGGUAAAGCUGUCUAAUGCUACUUCCUUAUUUUUCAUUGUGGUUCAUUCUACCAACAUUUUGCUUGCUUUGAUGCUGAGAAAAAUGAUUGAAAUGAAUUUUAAUAGUGGGACCAGACUGCCAUGCUUAUUUGAAUUUUUUUAAAUGAAUGAAUUUAAUAUGAAAUGUAAGUGGAUUUAUCCUAUGAUUUCAUUUGGGUGCUGUUAAUAAUUGAAUGUACAAAUUGUCCUGAAAUGUUAAUGUAAAUGUGUGGACUGUCUUGAAUGUGCAAAAUACACAUGAAUUGUUUGUUGCCUUA